ACAAUGGUGCAACUAAAGCAAGUAUCUAUGAGAUUGAAAUCGAUCCACAAUAUACAGAAGAUCACAAAAACAAUGAAGAUGGUAUCAGCCAGCAAAUUUACAAAAGCGGAACGUGAGUUGAAAUCAGCGCGUGCAUUCGGCUAUGGGCCACGCAAGUUCUAUGUGUCAAGUCAACUGCAGAAGGAAGCGCUCGGUAAAGAGAAAGAGAAAGAAGGAGAACGUGAACUGGCUCAACCACCAGAAGUAAAGAAAGAAGAUGUCAAGAAGCCUCGCAUUAUUUACGUAGCAGUAACUUCUGAUAGAGGUCUGUGCGGUGGUGUCCACUCCGGUAUAGCUCGCAUGAUACGUCGCACGCUGGCAGAACGCAGUGCGGAUGCCCCGCAUCAUAAGAUCGUCUGCAUCGGUGACAAGUCUCGAUCGCUGCUCAGGCUCGCGUACGGCGAACAUAUCCUUGUAUCAGUUAAACAGAUUGGGCGCACAAGUCCUAUCUUUAAAGAUGCAUCAACAGUAGCGACAGCGAUCACACAGUCAGGUUAUGCAUACGACACAGCUGAAAUAUACUACAACCAAUACUUCACACCCGUUAAAUAUGUGACAACAAUCGUACCGGCAUUUAGCAGAAAGAAUAUUGAGUUGGCACCAAAAAUGACUGCAUUCGAUGAUAUUGAAGAGGAUCAACUCGAGAGUUAUGCAGAGUGGACGCUCGCUGCUUUACUGUACUACGCGUUGAAACAAAGCGCUGCUUCGGAGCAAUCAUCUCGCAUGUCCGCUAUGGAUAAUGCUACGAAGAACGCAAACGAAAUGAUUAGGAAGCUAUCACUACUUUACAAUAGGACGCGACAAGCUGUCAUCACGAGAGAACUUAUUGAAAUUAUAUCAGGCGCUGCGGCACUAAAAUAA